UUGACUUUCCUCUCUGAUCCUGCACCAUGAAGAGUCUGAACAACCGUGCCGAAAGCCACCUGUCUAGCCAGGUGGAAUGCGAAUUGGAAAACAUGAGUUCAUGGGUGAACCAGGGUUACAUUGACAACUCGCCGCCCUUGCCCCGAGUUGUGAACACCGUCUACAAGCCGCAGCCCCUCUUUCAGGGCUCCAUGGAGAGCAUCUACAAUGUGGACAUCCCUCGCCCAUUGCCGGAGGAGCCACACUUGGCUGAUAAAAUCUUGUCGAAGGAACGCGGAGGCUGCUGCUCUUUCAUUAAAGGUUUGUGGGGAACAACACUGACGGAGAACACCUCCGACAACCGGGAACUGUUUGUCCGCACAACUCUACGGGAGCUCAUGAUCUAUGUGGUCUUCUUAGUGGAUAUUUGUCUUUUGACGUACGGUAUGACGAGCUCAACCACCUACUAUUACACGAAAGCCAUGACUGACCUGUUUGUAAACACAGCUGGAGAAAGUGGGGUUAAGUUUCAGUCCAUUAGCACCAUGGAGGAUUUCUGGACUUUUGCUGAGGAACCACUACUCGAUGGCCUCUACUGGACUAAAUGGUACAAUAACCAGUCCCUGGCCACUGGAGAUCAGUCCUUCAUCUACUAUGAGAACAUGUUGCUGGGAGUUCCCAGGAUGAGGCAGAUCAAGAUCAAGAAUAACUCCUGCAAAGUUCACAACGACUUCCAGGAUGAGAUCACAGGAUGUUACGAUGUCUACGAUGAGAAGAAGGAGGACAAUAUCAACUUUGGCCUCAUCAACGGCACAGCAUGGAGCUACCACACUGAGAAAGUGAUCAAGGGUUCCUCACAUUGGGGUUUGCUGACCACCUACAGUGGAGCCGGAUACUACCAGGACCUGGGUCGAACCAAGGAGGAAAGCGCGGUUCUACUCAGGGAGCUGGAGGAGAACCUCUGGCUAGAUCGAGGAACCAGGGCCAUCUUCAUCGACUUCUCCACUUACAAUGCAAACAUCAACAUGUUCUGUGUCAUCAGGUUGGUAGUGGAAUUCCCGGCAACGGGCGGAGCGAUCCCUUCUUACCAGAUAAGAACGGUCAAACUGAUUCGCUACAUCAACUCCUGGGACUACUUCAUCCUGGCUUGUGAGAUGGUCUUCUGUUUAUUCAUCCUCUAUUAUGUUGUGGAGGAGAUACUUGAGCUUCGAAUACACAAGUUCUCCUACUUCAAAAGCAUCUGGAACAUACUUGACAUCGUAGUCAUACUGCUCGCCGUUGUUGCCAUUGUGUUCAAUAUUUUCCGGACAGUCAAAGUGGACAAGUUGCUUGGCAAAUUAUUGGACCAACCGGAAAUUUAUGCCGACUUUGAGUUUCUGGCCUUCUGGCAAACACAAUACAACAAUAUGAAUGCAGUCAACUUGUUCUUUGCAUGGAUCAAGGUGUUCAAGUACAUUAGUUUCAAUAAGACCAUGACCCAGCUGUCCUCCACGCUGGGUCGCUGUGCCAAAGACAUUAUAGGAUUUGCUAUAAUGUUCUUCAUCGUGUUCUUCGCGUACGCUCAGCUUGGAUAUUUGCUGUUUGGUACAGAGGUGGAAUCCUUCAGCACCUUUGUCAAGUGCAUCUUCACCCAGUUCAGGAUUAUUCUCGGAGACUUUGACUAUGAUGCAAUUGAUCGUGCAAACAGAGUCCUCGGACCGAUUUAUUUUGUCACCUACGUUUUCUUCGUUUUCUUUGUCCUGCUCAACAUGUUUCUCGCCAUCAUAAAUGACACUUAUUCGGAGGUGAAAGAGGAGCUAUCGUCCCAAAAAGAUGAGCUCCAAAUCAGUGACAUCAUCAAACAGAGUUACAUGAAGACAUUCAUGAAGCUGAAGCUUAAAAAUGAGAAAAUAUCCGAUGUUCAGAGGGCUCUACGCGCUGGAUCGGGCGAAAUUGAAUUCAAGGAUUUUCGGGAAACUUUAAAAGAGAUGGGACAUGCUGAUCAUGAAAUUUCUGCAGCUUUCUCACUGUUUGACCGAGAUGGGAACCACAUUCUAGAUGAGGAUGAACAGGAAAAGAUGAAAACAGAGCUGGAGGAAAAGAGGGAUGCCCUUGCUGCUGAACUCAACAAUCUUGGAAUGAACUACGGGAUAGAAUUAGGGCAAAAGACUCCAGUGAUCUUAAGCGACCAAAAGAGCAACUCCGGUCACACAUUUAUGGACCGAGAACAGUUUCUAAGAUUGGCCAGGCAGGUUCUCCACCUUGAAAGUGCCAUGUCUGGCAUUACAGUGAAGAUUGAGUUGAUUUUGAAGAAAAUUGGGAUGGAGGACAUAACCGAACUAAACAAAAUCAAUGGGAAGUCGGUGACCAAUCAUAGCGUGGAUAAAAAUGCCUCUGAUGGGAGUAUUUUGGUUUGCGUGGACCGAGGGACAAAGGCUGCGCUGCCAUCAGGGAGAAUUUGCACUGUCCCCGCAUAUGACUGAAAUAUGUGAUAAAGCCGUGAGAUGUGACAAAGGGGAUGAAGAAGGAGUUACAGAUCAAAUACGUCAAUGCUUUAAAAGAAACAUGUCAUAACUGAAAAUAUCCUCCAAGAUUAACACUCUCAACUCAACACACAAACACCGGUCAAGUUUUACUGAAAUCUGUACAUUAUGGGCACUUUUUUUUUUUUUUGCUACUGGUUCUAGACAUCAGAUAAAAUGUUCAAGCACAAAAACUUAGAUGACUACAGUGUUAAAUGUUGUAGAUUUCACUUAAACAUAAAACUACAUAUUAGAAGUGUUGUGUAAGUUCUCUAUAUCUAAAUAGACUGUUGUGCAACACAGUGUAACAAAUGCCUAAAAAGUCAUUUUUCCCGUUUACUCAAAGUCUGUCAACUUCUUUGCUUAGUAUGUUGAAGUAUGAGUAAUGGUCUUCAAUGUUAAUGGGCAAUAAAGCGUUAUUCACAUCCGUCCUGGUCUUGAGCUGCAAAUGCUCAAAUACAAGUGAGCAACGUUGUGUUGGUUAGAUGCAAGAUGUAGCUGAAUACGUGUCUAAUAAACAUACUAACAGA